AUGGAGGAUAGUCCCAGUAUAAAGUGGGAUAAAAUAAGUUGUUCAAGUGACAUAGAGCAGACCCUCCCGGAGGGUACAGUGUCUGACAUCGGACGGUUCCCAUGGCUUGGCGUCGUACAGCAUAGUUUUUAUAUCGGUGGUGCGACAAGGUUCGCGAUAACGGGUGGGAUCCUCAUCCAUCCCACAUUUGUACUGGCUCCUGCUGAAGAUGUAGCUAGGAUACAGCCAGCCACUUUAGUAAAUAAUACGAAGUUCAUAGCAUGGCAGACAGCUACAAAUAAGUAUUCUAUAGACGUGGUUGAUUACUACAUGCACCCUGAGUAUGAAAAACAGACGUUUGCUACUGUGGCUCUUCUUGAACUGUAUUCCAGGAAAGAUUAUGGCAUUGCGCCUCUGCUACCGAUAUGCAUGCCAAUUAGAGGUGGUGGUGCUUUUUACGACAUGUAUGUGGUAAAAAUGACUGAUGAAAAGGUAGAUUUAGCAAAGGAAGUAGUAAAAGUGAACUUCGUCGAGAACCAAGAUUGUGAAGAAUUCUAUUUUCAGGCAAAGUUAAAUUACAAAAAGAUGACGCCAGUUAAACCCAUAUGUGCUAAAUCAAUUAACAUGAAGGACCCUUGUGUUUGGGAUGGUGGUUAUGCCCUCAUCACCAGACAGGCUUGGGGCUUCUGGAAACUGAUUGGUUUCGGUCUCCGGGGUCCAGGUUGCGCGGCGCCAGCUCGGUUCAUCAACGUCCACGACUACCUCAUGUGGAUAGACGAAGUGAUCACCCAGGCUCCACUACAAGAGAAGUAUUUGGAUGAAGAGGCAUUGGUGUUCAGAAGGGUGUCGCCUAUCAAAAUCGUUAUGUAUAAAUCCAAAGUGAGACAGCCAAAAAACUUUGGUCAAUGCGAGAGAAAAAAGCGGGGAAGCGUUCUUUACAAAGACAACACGGAAAUUCUGGCGACCAAGAAUUUUGCACAAGGCUUCUUUUUCAUGUCAGUCGCGCAAGCAGCAGAGGUGUCCUGCGCCACGAUAGUGCUAGAGGUGUCGACCCGCAGUAACGCGGCGAUCUGGGUGGAGAACCACUGCUACCAAGACCUGACUGCGGACAGGACGGGCUACCGGCUCGAUAAGAAGAAGGAUUUACGCCCGAACGAAUGCUUCAUAUACUUCCAAUCGGUCGCGUACGUCGAGUUUCGCUUCUACUUCUCGUUUCGAGCAGUUCUAGAAGUCACUCUGUACGGUAAGGUGGAACACGUGAAGAACCUGCUGCACCCGCACCGUGUCACCGUGUCUACACACGCGUGGUACCCCACGUAUAUAUAUCUGAGGACCAAGUGGUUCGUGCCGUACUUCAGCUGGUGGUGGGCCAUGUAA